AUGGCGGCCCUCGUUCUGAAAAAUUAUCGAAGCCAGCGGAGCAUUGCACAACCACGCAAGACUUUUCAACGCACCAGCCCUAUAGGUUUCAAGAUGAAGGUUCCUUUCUUCAAAUACAUCCUGAUAGUAGGCGUUAUCAUCUACGCCACUGCUGCUUUGGCCAUCCCCGAGCUUGAUGUGGAUACCCAGGACCUACAAGAGAAGGAAGCCGACAUCGAGAACCCGAUCGGCAUCGAUCACAAGCUGAAGCCACGAGCCAACAUCGGGGGGGCCACCCAGCCGUUUCGCGUGCCCGUCGCACAAAUCAAUCAAAACGGGGGCAAUCCCUCCAUUCCUAUUACCGGCCUCGGUCCCGCAGUCCCUGCCGCCGGCGGUAUUCAAGGCAUUCGUCUCGCCGGCGUUGGUGGUGGAGUUGGUGGUGGAGUUGGUGGUGCAGCUGGUCGCAGAGGAAACAACAAUGGUCGAGGAAGAAACAACAAUGGUCGCGGAAGAAACAACAAUGGUCGCGGAACUGGUCGUAGAAGACGUCCCCCAGCCGCUUGAAUAUCUCCAUGCAGCAGGGAAAGGGACAUGUUGGAAGACUGAGAGGCUCGACAAGACGUGGGAGUUGAGGAUCAACGGCUCCAUUGCUUCAACGGCUUAGCAGCCAGAUGUUACAAUAGU